AUGCUCACCGACGUCGACCUGUCGCUGGAGUCCACGGCGUCGCCGGCUCUUGAGGACGCGAGGAACGUCGGCGACAAGGGGGAGGAGGACGUGCCGGACCCGGCAGCACCGACCUGCCUCCCGAUUCCGGAGCUGCAGCUCCUCCGGCUGCGGCGGUGGAAGCGCCGCUGCCGCGAGAGCAACGAGGCCACGCUCCGCAACAUCGUGCGCCGCCCGCUGGAGUUCCCGGCCGCCGCGGCGACCACGCGCACGCACGGGGUCGGGGACUCCGCCGCGGCGCGCGACCUGAUCGCGCGGCUCCUGGACAAGGACCCGCGCACCCGGCUCGGGUCGAAGCGCGGCGCCGCCGACGUGAAGGCGCACGGCUUCUUCAAGGGUCUAAACUUCGCGCUGCUGCGGUCGGCGCCGCCGCCCGUGGUGCCGCCCCCCGCCGCCCUGCACCGGUGCGACAAGGCCGCCGACGUGCAGCAGCUGUUCGAUCACUUCUGA